AUGGCCAUGCUCCGACACCUCCUCGCUUGCACCUGCGUCGCCGCGCUGCGGCUCCCGGCACCGCUGCGACGCAACCCGCAACAAAGACAAAAACCGAAAGUCGCCGUCCUCGGCGGCGGCUUCGCGGGCCUCACCGCCGCGCGCCGCCUGAAAAACAACCGCAACGGCGCGAUCCCGGCGGCCGGCGCCUGGGACGCCGCGGGCGCGGCGCGCGACCUCCGCGGCGACGCCGUCUUCGACUGCCGCGGCCUGCGGCCGUCGGCGGCGUUCGGCGACGACGGCCUGCCGCCGGGCUGCGUCGGCCCGCGCGGCUGGGUCGCCGUCGACGACUCCUGGCGGCUCGCGGACGGCGCGGGGAACGCGGUCUUCGACGGCCGCGUGUACGUCGUCGGCGACGUCGCCGACAAGCCGCCCGCGCAGCGCACGGCCGUCGACGCCGCCGAGGAGGGCGAGUACGCCGCGGCGUGCAUCGCGCGGCACGCCCGGGGCCGGCGGCCGCCGAAGCCCUACGCGCCGCCGCCGAGCGUCUGCGCGAUCUCGCUCGGCAAGCGCGACGGCGUCGUCGUCGCCGGGUCCCGCGUGCUGCUCCGCGGGCGGGCGGCGGCGGCGGCGAAGGGCGCGGUCCAGUACUGGGCCGUGCGCUUCCUGCCGAAGCCCGUGACGGUGUGGCGGCGCGCGCGGCGGUAG